AUGACGACGAAACGCAAGGGCGACGGGCUGUUACUGGUGUACAGCGACGUGGCGCCGGAGCACGACGAAGAGUACAACCGCUGGUACAACGAGGAGCACAUCCCGGAGCGGCUUUCGAUACCAGGCGUGCUGGACGCUGCGAGGUAUCAGGCGGUCCAGGGCGGGCCAAAGUACCUGGCGGCCUACGAAUUGGACAGCCACGAGGCCUGGUCCUCGGACGAGUGGCAGAAGUGGCUGAAGGAACCGACGGAGUGGUCGCGGCGGAUGUCGCCCAGCGUCAUCGGCACGGAGUACAUCCGGAACCUGUACCAGCGAGUGCACCCGGAUGAGCUAUCCGAGGAGACAGCACAGGCGGGCAUGUCUCCGCUGAUCCUGGUGGGCCGGAUGUCGGUGCCUGAUCACCUGGAAGAGCGGUGGAACAAUGCCUACAACAACGAGCGGCUGCCCAUGUGUGCCGACAUACCGGGCUACAUCCGCGCCCGGCGGUUCCAGGCAGUGAUGGGCGAACCCAAGUACGCGACGGUGCACGAGAUGGAGUCGCUGGCAGUGGCCGAGAGCGAGGCCUGGAAGAACUGGAGCACGAUCGUAACACCGGUCUGGACCCACGAAGUGCGGCCGCACAUGGUGCACGGGGCCGGAUCGCCGGGAGUGUAUCAGCGGAUAUUCCCAGAAUAG